UCUGUUCUCUAUGCACGCUGUGUGGCUAGGAAGUUCGUCACUGUUUGGUGUUGAAGUUCAGGCGCCUCGAGUUGUUUUCGGUUUAAUUUCUGGUGCAGUUAGAAUUUUGUUUAGGUUCAAAUCAGACUCGAAGCAGAAACGGUGAUCACAGAUAUCAGCAUUGAUAAACAUAUCACUGAAGAUCUUGAUCAUAUUCAUCGCCGCAUCGGAGUCCGUUUAGGACGCGCAACUUGUGUCGAGAUGAGUGUGGAAGCGUACGGGCCGAGUUCUCAAACGCUCACCUUCCUGGACACUGAAGAAGCGGAGCUACUUGGAGCAGAUACCCAGGGCUCGGAGUACGAGUUUACCGAUUUUACCCUACCUAGCCAGACACAAACUCAAGGCCACACCCAGAGUCAGCUGGACAAUCAGGUGAAUGGUCCUAAUGAAGGGCUUCACAAUGGAGGGGUUGAUGAUGUUGCCAAGGCGAGCCAAAUUCUCUCUGAGUUGAACUUUGAGGAGGAUGAAGAGGACACCUAUUACACUAAAGACCUCCCACUGCAUGCCUGCAGUUACUGUGGCAUCCAUGAUCCUGCGUGUGUGGUGUACUGCAACACAAGCAAGAAGUGGUUCUGCAAUGGACGUGGCAAUACAUCUGGCAGCCACAUCGUAAACCACUUGGUGAGAGCCAAAUGCAAAGAGGUGACUCUGCACAAAGACGGGCCGUUGGGCGAGACGGUGCUGGAGUGCUACAACUGUGGCUGUCGCAACGUCUUCCUCCUGGGCUUCAUACCCGCCAAGGCCGACUCUGUGGUGGUGCUGCUGUGCAGGCAGCCAUGUGCCAGUCAGAGCAGCCUGAAAGACAUAAACUGGGACAGUUCCCAGUGGCAGCCGCUGAUCCAGGACCGCUGCUUCCUGUCCUGGCUGGUAAAGAUCCCCUCGGAGCAGGAGCAGCUCCGGGCCCGACAGAUUACCGCCCAACAGAUCAACAAGCUAGAGGAGCUCUGGAAGGACAAUCCAACAGCCACUCUGGAGGAUCUGGAGAAGCCCGGUGUAGACGAGGAGCCUCAACAUGUGCUGCUGCGCUACGAGGAUGCCUACCAGUACCAGAACAUCUUCGGCCCCCUUGUCAAACUGGAGGCCGACUACGACAAAAAGCUUAAAGAGUCCCAGACCCAAGAUAAUAUAACGGUCAGGUGGGACCUGGGGCUGAAUAAAAAGCGGAUUGCCUAUUUCUCCUUGCCCAAGACGGAUUCAGGUGACAUGCGGCUGAUGCAGGGAGAUGAGAUUUGUCUGCGCUACAAAGGAGACCUGGCUCCACUUUGGAAAGGCAUCGGCCAUGUCAUCAAAGUCCCAGACACACCCUUUGUGAAAGACUAUGGAGAUGAGAUUGCUAUAGAAUUGCGCAGCAGUGUCGGAGCACCUGUGGAAACAACCCACGACUACCAGGUGGAUUUCGUGUGGAAGUCCACUUCCUUUGACAGAAUGCAGAGUGCCCUGAAGACCUUUGCUGUGGACGAGACGUCCGUGUCAGGCUACAUCUACCACAAACUGCUGGGCCACGAGGUGGAGGAUGUCAUCAUCAAGUGUCAGCUGCCCAAACGCUUCACUGCCCAGGGCCUGCCCGAUCUCAACCACUCUCAGGUGUAUGCUGUGAAGACUGUGCUGCAAAGACCCCUCAGUCUUAUCCAAGGCCCCCCCGGCACUGGGAAAACUGUCACCUCUGCCACCAUAGUGUACCAGCUCGCCAGGCAGGGCAACGGACCCGUGCUGGUGUGUGCUCCCAGUAACAUCGCGGUGGACCAGCUGACUGAGAAGAUCCACAUGUCAGGUCUGAAGGUGGUCCGGCUGUGUGCUAAGAGCAGAGAGGCCAUCGACUCCCCCGUCUCAUUCCUGGCGCUGCACAACCAGAUCCGCAACAUGGACAGUAUGCCAGAGCUGCAGAAGCUGCAGCAGCUGAAGGAUGAGACCGGGGAGCUGUCGUCUGCUGACGAGAAGCGUUACCGGGCCCUGAAGCGCACCGCUGAGCGAGAGCUGCUCACGAAUGCGGAUGUGAUCUGCUGUACCUGUGUGGGGGCAGGAGAUCCACGCCUGGCCAAGAUGCAGUUCCGCUCCAUCUUGAUUGAUGAGAGCACCCAGGCCACCGAGCCAGAGUGCAUGGUGCCUGUGGUCCUGGGUGCCAAGCAGCUCAUUCUGGUGGGAGACCACUGCCAGCUGGGCCCAGUAGUGAUGUGUAAGAAGGCAGCCAAAGCAGGCCUGUCCCAGUCUCUGUUUGAGCGUCUGGUGGUGCUGGGCAUCAGGCCCAUUCGUCUGCAGGUGCAGUACCGUAUGCACCCGGCCCUCAGCUCUUUCCCCUCCAACAUCUUCUACGAGGGCUCCCUGCAGAACGGAGUCACCGCUGCUGACCGCAUCAAGAAAGGCUUUGACUUCCAGUGGCCGCAGCCAGACAAGCCCAUGUUCUUCUAUGUAACUCAAGGCCAGGAGGAAAUAGCCAGCUCUGGAACGUCUUACCUGAACAGAACUGAGGCGGCCAACGUGGAGAAGAUCACAACCAGGCUGCUGAAGGCUGGGGCCAAGCCUGACCAGAUAGGCAUCAUCACCCCCUACGAGGGCCAGAGGUCCUACCUGGUGCAGUACAUGCAGUUCAGUGGUUCCCUCCAUACAAAACUCUACCAGGAGGUUGAGAUCGCCAGCGUGGACGCGUUCCAGGGCAGGGAGAAGGACUUUAUCAUCCUGUCGUGCGUACGAGCCAACGAGCACCAGGGCAUCGGCUUCCUCAAUGACCCGCGCCGUCUCAACGUGGCCCUCACCAGAGCCAAGUAUGGGGUGAUCAUUGUGGGCAACCCAAAGGCCCUGUCCAAGCAGCCUCUGUGGAACCACCUUCUCAACUACUACAAGGAGCAGAAGGUUCUGGUGGAGGGACCCCUCAACAACCUGAGAGAGAGCCUGAUGCAGUUCAGCAGGCCCCGCAAGCUGGUCAAUGCCAUCAACCCUGGAGCCCGGUUCAUGAGCACUGCCAUGUAUGAUGCCCGUGAGGCCCUCAUCCCUGGGUCUGCCUACGAUCGCAGCAGCGCAGGGCGUCCAUCCAACAUGUAUUUCCAAACCCACGAUCAGAUCGGCAUGAUUGGGACUGGGCCAGCCCACAUGGCGGCCAUGAACAUGCCUAUUCCCUUCAACUUGGUGGUGCCCCCCAUGCCUCCGCCAGGCUACCUGGCCCAGGCCAACGGCCCUGCUGCAGGUCGUGGUGGGGUGCUGAAGGGCAAAGCGGGGCGUGGCGGGCGCCAGAGGACCCGCGGCAUGGGGAACCACGGUAGCAGCGGGCAGGCCAACGGGCACAACAGCCAGGCUAGCCAGGACGUAUCUUCCCAGCCCUUCUCCCAGGGGCCACUCACCCAGGGCUACAUCACCAUGAGUCAGCCCUCCCAGAUGAGCCAGCCUGGCCUCUCCCAGCCUGAACUUUCCCAGGACAGUUAUUUAGGUGACGAGUUCAAGUCCCAGAUCGACGUGGCUCUGUCGCAGGAUUCGACUUACCAGGGUGAACGUGCAUACCAACAUGGUGGAGUGACUGGACUGUCACAGUACUAGAGUGUUGUUGGAAGAGGAGCUAGGUUUGAGCUGAGCUUAGUUCAUCAGCAUUUUAAUCUGGGUAAUAAUAAAAACAAAAAAUGGAGACCUGUUUUCCUCUACAACUGAAGCACCAUCGUGUGAAAUCAACGGGAGAGAGAAACCAACCAAUCGCGCGAGAGAAAAAACGGAUGGCCAGGAAGAGGGAACGCGUAGGAGUGAGGGACCACUGCCGGCACAUGGGAACGAAAGCGAGAGGAAGACGGUGGCCAGUGGUCGAGCUGUCGUGAGGAAGACGAAACGAGGAACAACUCCCUCCCUCCACAACCCUUUUCCCACCUCACAUUCUAACCUCACACCUCUGUCUGAGAAAAUGACCAGUUAUCCAGAGGACCUUGCUCUUUGAUCAGCUAACCGAGAAAGAAAGACAAGUUCUCAAGCAACUUGGCUGGGGGAGCACUUUGCACUAACUCUCGAAAGCGGAUAACAAGAAAGUAGAGGGGGGAGGGUGUGGAACACUUCAAGCAGGCAACAUAGGAAAUCGUCACCUCAAUGUUGAUCACUUGCGGUGUUGAUCUCAGAUCUGAAAUCUCAUCAAAUGACCGCAAGAGGAACCGUCUCCAAGAGGAACCGUCUCCAAGAGGAACCGUCUCCAAGGGGAACCGUCUCCAAGGGGAACCGUCUCCAAGGGGAACAGUCUCCAAGGGGAACAGUCUCCAAGAGGAACAGUCUCCAAGAGGAACAGUCUCCAAGAGGAACAGUCUCCAAGAGGAACAGUCUCCAAGAGGAACAGUCUCCAAGAGGAACAGUCUCCAAGAGGAACAGUGGCAGUUCACAUCGUCGUUCAACUUUGAGUUGAAAAGUUUUCUCCGCUAAAGUCUGAUAAUAAAGAACUUUGAAUUGAAAUGCCUUUGAUGGCCUUCGGAACCAUUUGGCUUUUUCAACAGGUCUUUUCAGAAACAGGUGGUUAACUAGAAGUCUGGUGGAGUUGAGUGGCAUGGGGAUAUCAGAGGAAGGUUUCUGAAGUGGUGAGCUCUGGAUCCAAGAGAUCUUUAAUCAUGAGACUAUUUGUUUUUGAAGUACCUUAUUGCAGAGCGCAAAAGGCAAAACAUAUUUAAUAGAAAAAUGACCAGCAUUGAAGAAUUUUGACUCAAUAUUAUUUGAAGUUGUAGCAAAGGCUUUUUUGAUCUUUUGAAAGGGGGGGGGUGCAUGAGAUGUCGCCCGCUGUGCUGUUCAGCGGAUAAUAUUCUAUGUUUUAAAUGUUUUUAUGCUUAGAUUGGCAGCGGCUUUGAAUGAAUGCUUUACUUGGGGGAAUUCCUUGUGGAUGUAAGAUCCAUCUGCAUGAACACGGAGCUAUUAAUGGAAACUGAUUUCCACUAUAGUCUACACACUUUUGUGUUACUAUUGAAGUUGCAAGUGGCUAGGUGUGAAAUACGCUACAUGGACGAAAGUAUGUGGACACACCUUCAAAUGAGUGGAUUCGGGUAUUUCAGAUACACCCGUUGCUGACCGGUGUAUACAGUCGAGCACACAGCCAUGAAGUCUCCAUAGACAAACAUUGGCAGUAGAAUGGCCCGUACUGAAGAGCUCAGUGACUUUCAAAGUGGCAACGUCAUAGGAUAUCACUUUUCCAACAAGUCGGUUUCUGCCCUGCUAGAGCUGUCCGGGUCAACUUUAAGUGCUGGUAUUGUGAAGUGGAAAUGUCUAGGAGCAACAAUGGCUCACCCACGAUGUGGUAGGCCACACAAGCUCACAGAAUGGGACCGUAGCACGUAAUAAUCGCCUGUCCUCAGUUGCAACCCUCACUAUCGAGUUUCAAACUGCCUCUGGAAGCAACGUCAACACAAUAACUGUUCAUCGGGAGCUUCAUGAAAUGGCUUUCCUUGGCCGAGUAGCUACACACAAGCCGAAGAUCACCAUGCGCAAUGUUAAGCGUCGGUCGGAGUGGUGUAAAGCUCGCCACCAUUGGACUCUGGAGCAGUGGAAAUAUGUUUUCUGCAGUGAUAAAUCACGCUUCAUCAUCUGGCAGUCGGACGGAUGAAUCUGGGUUUGGUGGAUGCCAGGAGAACACUACCUGCCCGAAUGAAUAGUACCAACUGUAAAGUUUGGUGAAGGAGGAAUAAUUUGUCUGGAGUUAUUUUUCAUGGUUCGUGCUAGGCCCCUUAGUUCCAAUGAACGGAAAUAUUAACGCCACAGCAUACAAUGACAUUCUAGACGAUUCUGUGCUUCCAACUUUGUGGCAAAAGUUUUGGGAAAGCUCUUUCCUGUUUCAGCCUGCCAAUGCCCCCGUGCACAAAGUGAGGUCCAUACAGAAAUGGUUUGUCUUUUGGGAUGAAUUAGAACGCCAACUGCGAGCCAGGCCUAGUUGCCCGACCUCACUAAUGCUCUUGUGGCUGAAUGGAAGCAAGUCCCCGCAGCAAUGUUCCAACAUCUAGUGCUGUUAUAGCAGCAAAGGGGGGCCGACUCCAUAUUAUUGCCCAUGAUUUUGGAAGGAGAUGUUCGAUGUGCAGGUGUCCACAUACUUUUGGUCAUGUAGUGUAACAGUUAAGGAAUAGACUAGGAUGGUGGCUGGAAGAAGGAUAAGGCUUGAAGAUGCAUCCCCCGAAUCUGGUUAUUUAGUAUGGAGAGUCAAUUGGCAUUCAAAUUUGAAUGUGACUCUUCCCCUGUGAAAUGCAGUCGUGCGUACAGAAUGUUAGCUACAUGACUAGAAUUAAGUUGUCAAAUCUAAAGUAUUUGAAACCAUUUCGCACCAGUUACACACAAUCAGUAAAAUUACCACUGGUACUGAUUUUCAUACAAGGUGACAGUGAUUUAUCACAUUAAAAAGAAUGAAUGCAUCCGAAUCAGUACCCUUAAAUUCCUUUUGGUUAUUUGCAGGUAUAAAGAAGCACAAACAUGAAUGCAGGUGAAAGCAACCUAAGCCAGCAUAUACCAACUUCAUAGAAAGAAUCGCUGAAUGUGACCAGUCGGUUGUGACAUUGAAACCCACAGAGUCAUUACUUGAACCUGAGUCAAAGUGUUUCUGAAUGGUUACUGAAUGUACGAACUGGUUUAAGCCACCUUCCUUCUCUUAGGAGUUUCCACUAAACCAGGUUGGUAGAAUGGCCUUCCUUUUGUAACUUCUAUUUUAUGAGUGUUUUUACACUUUUGGCUUCCCUAUAGUUUGCCCAUCUGUUUGCUCCAAAUUCCUAUGGCUCCCAAACCCUCCAUUCUUACCCCUCUGUGAAUUGUAAUUUCCCCCCAUUAUUUUAUUUUUUGCAUGAUUUUCCUGCCAGGGGUGAGGUUGUGAACAGCAAAAUGACACUUAAACCACACUAUAUGGUUUAAUUUGUUAUCCGAUGACAAAAGGGGGAUUAAAUAAUGUUUUUUUUAAAGUUUUAAAUCAAUCAUUUAAAUAAACUGUCCAUGGGACUGUUUUAUAUUGAGGAAUCCAUGUCUAUUUGAGGAGUCCUCUAUCAGUUUUUAGGAAUGUCAUUUGGAUGCUUCGAGCACCAAAUUGAAGAAUGUAUUCAUUUUAGCUCACCACCUGCAUUGUCCUCUGCUGUGCAUUAAUUUUUCUUUGUCGUCACCUGACUUUGAAUAUGUCAAUCCAAAACACAUUGUAUGACAAUCUUGCUGUCAAAUAGCUAGUCAUGGUUGAAGAAAUGCUUACAAAUGGUCUUUUUUGAUCAACAUUAUGCAUUUUUCCAUGUUGAUUAUGUUACUUGUGUUUCACAUCAAGAAUUCCAGCAGGGAAUAUAGCAUUGCUCCUUAUACUUUUUACUAAGAUGGUGACAUUUAUACUUAUGUUGAAAUGAAAUACAGCAAUCCUGCUAUCAAAGUUUGUCAUCUGUUACAUGACCAGCACUGCUAACUAGAAAUGUAUUAAAAGUAUAUUACCAAACUAUACUGCAGGAAUCAAUGAAUAAGAACUAAAAAUGUUCCAGUAAUGGUAAUACGGUAAUGUAUGCCUUCCUUCUUCCCAGCAUUUGGAUUCUCACUAUGGAAAAACUGCACUGGAUCUGCAGGAAUUAGUAUUUUAGUUGCAGUGAUGAUUCCUCUCUUGUGAAACAGAAGCAAAGGUUGCUUGCAUGUCAAAGGGUUUGAGCAAUGAGAAAGUGAUUUUUCCAUUUAUUUGGCAUUUACAGAUUAUGAAACAUGUUGCACCUGAACUCUGCGCAAUAAUGGACAACAGGUCUUGUUAUACAGUUGAAGUCGGAAGUUUACAUGCACUUAGGUUGGAGUCAUUAAAACCAGUUUUUCAACCACUCCA